CAAGUCAAUCUGAUUUCAUCCAAUGCUCUUGGAGGUCUAACAUCUCUCGUGGAAUUUACAACGUCUUUGAUUUUCACAGUUGGUCAAGAGUAUUGCGAUUUGUGUCUUCUGCGAGUUUACCUGAUUAAUUACUUUGAAGCAUUUAAUGCGAAACCACUCAUUCCAGUUCGUUAUACUUAUAGCAGAAAGAACUAUUUGUCUGCAAUCAAUAAUUCAAUCGAUCAAAUUCAACAGCUUCAUAACCUGUUGUUUUGUAAAGAACAGGCUUAUUUGACAAUUAUCCUUCGUCUAAUACUGCUUUUAAUUCUUAUUAGUCUAAAUGAAUCUAAGUUUGCGCAAAAUAUCCUUAAUCUUUUCAAACACAUUAUUAGUAAAUACGAUAUCUUUUCUAUAAAAAUCAAGAAAUACUUUAAAGAAGACGAUUUUACAAGUCUUGAGAUCAUUCUACAUAACAAUCUCAAGGAGAAAUUCUGUGACUCUUUGGUUAUC